GUGGUGGUGUGGUGUACCUAUAAUAGAGAAGAGAAUAUUUAUUAUAAAUUAACAAACAAAAAAUGUUUAAGUUUUUGUGCUUAUUGGCUUGCGUUGCGGCUACUUAUGCCGCCAGCAUUGGCAGUGUUGAAUCCACAACUGAGAAACGUGAAAUUGUACCAUUAUUAAAAUUCGAAACUGAUAAGAGACCCGACGGCUCCUUCCGCUUCACAUACGAAGGUGGUGAUAAGAGUUUCCGUGAAGAGUCUGGUGUUGUUGAAAAUGCUGGCACCGACGAUGAAGCCCUUGAAGUUUCCGGUUCUUAUCGUUAUAUCGAUGCCGACGGUCGUGAAGUUGAAGUACAUUACACAGCAGGCAAAAAUGGUUUCGUCCCAGUGGGAACAAAUAUUCUAUCCGAAAUUACAGCUUUAGCAAAGGCAGCAGCUGAUCUUCCUGACACUACUGAAGAAGAGGAAGUCAGACGUAAAGCUCGUUCUAAAGUUGAAAGAGAAGACAUUAAGGCCGUAGAAGCUAAAGUAACUAGAAUAGAAAAUUUGAAAACUGUUGAGAAAAAAGAGAAGAUUGAAAAUGUACCAAGUGUUAAAAAAAUCGAACAAGUUGACGAAGUGAAAAAGGUGGAAGAUGUGAAAAAAGUAGAGAAUGUAGAAAUUAAAAAAGUUGAAGAAGCUAAAGAAGUACCUACACCAAAAAAAGUUGAUUCUACUGAAAAGGUUGAAAAAGUAGCUGAAACAGCUAAGGCAGGCACAAAGGCUUAAAAGGAUAUAUUAAGUGCUAUAAUUAAUUAUGUGAUAAAGAUAUUAAUUUGACCCA